AUGGAGCCUCACCACCAGACUGCCUCUGUGCUUCAGCCUGGCGGUAUAGAGUUCGCCUUCGGUACAGGCGAUGGCUCUCACUCAUUCACGUGGAGCCCUCCCGCUUCCGCGAGCCCCCCAGACAAUGACCACCAGACAGCGUUAAACGACCGGAAACGUCGUCGAGUGCAUGUCAAUAUUGUCAAGCAGGGUGUUGCUUUGCUACAGCUUGGCUCGGAUAUAACCUAUGACUUCAGCUCGACCCAUGCCGAGGCCGAGAAAAUCCUUGCGGGUGUCAUCGCUGAGAGAGAUCAUCUUCAAAGGAACCUUGAUAUUAUCAAAGACGACCUUCGGCAUACACUGGGUAGAUAUCGAGCGAUUGUGGAAAAGCUUGAUGGCACCCAAGGGGAGGAUCUUGAACACGCCCAACAGAAAGUAAGCCAUGCAAACCUGCAAAGGGCCAAGGCCGAGGAGGAAGUCAAAGAGGUCAAGGCCGAACUGGACAAUCUUCGAGACCAGGCUCAGGUGGAGAAGACCAAUCUCGUGCAGGAGCGCGAGGAGCUACAAAAGGAAUUGGACAGCGCCACGAAAAGCGAGAUGAGAUAUCGAGAUGAGGUCGCCCAGCUCAAGAAAGAUACCGAAAGCCUCGGAGAAGAGCACAAAGGCUGCCAAGUAUCGCAUGACAAACUCCAAAGCGACCUUCUCAGCGCCCUCCAGGCAAGCGUAGGGGCCAGAGCAGAACUCAGCGAGGCACAGAAAGGACUGGACGAGAGUCACGACAAGUACGCCAAGUUGGUCGUCGAGAUGCGGCUCUUGGAGGAAAAGAACACGGCCCAGGUAACCCGACUUGGAAGCGAGCGCUGCGAACACCUCCGCGAGAAGCGGGAGACCAUCGAGAAGCAGAAAAAGGCCGAGGCCGAGAUCAAGAGACUCCGAGACGAAAACUACAGUCUGUCGUCAAAGUUCCGCGGUGGCACACUGGAAGACGAACUGCGAAUGGCGCUCGAGGCGGAACUCGGCAAUUGA